CCAGGCCCAGAUUCUUCUUGGAUCCACAAAGGAUCCUUUUUCUAUAACCACCAACGACUCUUGCAACUCCUCAGCUGAGGAGGCACCUUUCCUAGACUCAGCCUUAGGAGCUACCCCAAGGAGGUGAAGCUUCUCCGCCAAAACUGUCCAUCCCUUAAGAAAGCCUUUCCCUUCUGGGAAGAUCAGAGAGAACCUCUUAGCUUCCUUGGCAACAACUGAACAGAAUAAGAAUCUCCCCACUCCAUUUGCACACAGCUCCAAACUAAACCUCCUCCCACCAUCCUCCCAACCUUUACUCCACCUCAACACUCCUUCUCUGCAGCAGGCUUCCACCCCUUCUAUUCUUAACCAUUUCCGUGGCUGUGCUGUUCCUUGUUUCUUUUUCCCCAUCCUGUCCAUGUCUCUUUAGCUGGUGGGGCUUGGGUUUUGUCUUGUUUUGUGGGCUGGCAUAAAAGUUCCAUUGUAAGGGGCAUACGAAGUUGUGGCAGCUGGAUUCUUCAUGCUUUGCUUUGGCGCAUUUGGAUAGAUCAAAGUAUAAAAUAUAUGAUUCUUAAAUCUUGGUUUGCUUGGUCGAGGAGUCCACCAGGGGGUGUGAAUUUAUGUUAUUUGGAUUUCAUCGAUAGUUAUGGUAGGUGUUAAGCUGAUCGAUCUUGUGCUUGUUAUAUUUGUUUCCAUUGAGUUUAGUGCCUUUUGAUGUUAGCACCCUUUUUGGCCUGGGGUUAGCCGCCUUUUUUGCUUGGUGGCUUUUGUAUGUAUGCAUGCAUGUACUAUUUUGCCUUUUGAAAAGAAAGUUGUGGAGUUGCUUUACAUAAACCAAUCUGCUAAAAUGGACUUGUUAAUCUUUGUUUGGGUAUGUUGAGCAUAAAUCAUGUUCUGAACAUUCUUUUGCUUUCUGCUUAAAUUAGAGCUUUUCCAAAAUAUUUUAGACUUGCACAUCUUUAUUUUGCCUCUGUUGCUCACUUGGUGUGCAAUACCUCAGGCUAUACUAAACUUUAGGAUGAUAAUUUACAUGCUCAUAUUAUUUUUAGUAUCUGUUAUUCAUUUAUAAUGAGAUUCCGUUUGUAGGUUUUUGAUGGAAUGCUGCAUGAAGUUGCAGAAGUUGGGGAUCUUCAUGCAACAAAUAGUCUCUCUGGUGCUUGUGAAGAUUAUCUUUUGGAUAUUGAAUUUGCUGAAACAGUUUCAGAACUGGACAAUGGUCCUUGUGCAGGAUCACACCUGGGGAACUCAAGUUCUGAGAGUCAUUCUCCAGGAUUUAGCGGUAGUGAUAAUGGUGCUGUUGGGAUAUCAGAAUCAUCAACAGGAACCAUUCCAGUGCCUGAAUGUGGGAAUAAUCUUGACAAGAUGACCAUUUGUACUUUACAUGGCACUUCUAGAAGCAAAUGUGAGUGUAAAAUGCUUGUUGAGGGCAAGAUGGAGCUGCAAGGCUCUGCUUCUUUUAAUUUACAGAAUCCUGAUGGAGUGGAUAAUGUUUCAAACUUGGUGAGUGGUAUACCUUUGGUUGAGAAUCGAAAGGACGUGACUUUCACAAAUUUGCAAUAUAACAAGGCUAGUUCAAUAGGCCAAGGUAUGAAAAAGGAGAGUUUUGCUGGCCGGAAGGGAUCAAGAAAGAGAUCUGUUGAAGCAAGUGACGUUGGGAUGCUUCUUUCGGAGAAGAGGAUGCGAAGACCCACUCGGAGGUAUAUUGAAGAAUUUUCAGAUCUGAAGUCAAAAUCUAACAGGGGUAGGCCAAAAAAUUCCACUACUACUACAAAGAAUAAGCUUCUAGGGAACAGGCAUCGCAGUGAGACUCAUCAUAAGGGAUUUAGUGCAGCACCAUUGGUUCCUAGUGGGUCUUAUGGUAGAUCUAGUGAUCGGACACCAUUUGAAGUUGGGGUGCAGAAAGGAUGUCUAAAGAAGUAUGCAUCUAUCUCGGACCUCGACUCCGAUGAGGAAUCUUCCCCAGCUGAGUCUGAAGAUGACUGUAUGACAAUAAAGAGACCUGAAACUAGCGGUGAUCGAAGGAAGCAUCAAAGGCUAUGGACUCUUUCCGAGGUGAUGAAGUUGGUUGAUGGUGUUUCUCACUAUGGAGUUGGAAGAUGGACUGAUAUAAAGAGACUUCUUUUCUCAUCAUCUGCUUACCGGACACCUGUGGAUUUGAGGGACAAAUGGCGGAAUCUUCUAAGAGCUAGCUGUGCCCAAUUACAAAGCAAGAGAGAGGUAGAGCAAAAAAGGAAGCAUGCCAUGCGGCCCUUACCACAGACUCUGCUACACCGUGUUAGCGAACUGGCAAUUAUUCAUCCAUACCCAAAGGGGAGCAACUCCAAGCUUCCACAUGUUGGCCAUGUUACUUCUGCCAUGCUUCCGACUACAAGUAAAGAUGCUCCUUCCAGCCUGGGUAGGAGACUGGUACCUCGGAAAAACUGUACUUGAUAGCUGAGCCCUUCAUGGCAGCUGCAGCAAAGCAAUAGGCGAUAAAAUUUACUUAAAAUUUGUUGUAAAACAACAAACUUUUUGUUAGCUUCGACAUGCACAUGUGCAUCAUAUUUUCGGAUUUUAGAAUACAAUGGAUGAAGAAUGUCGUGUAUGUUGCUUAAGUUAAAUCUAAAAUUUCAAUGUUACAAGUCA